AGCUUUUGAAAUGGAAGAUCCUGACAUAAUUACGGACCUCAGGCAUCAUAAUACAGGACAACCCUCCAGAUAUCACAUUUUCUUUGACCAUGCUAAGCAAUAUUUGGAAAGUGUUGUAGAGACUGCUGUUGAUGAACGAAGACAUGAUCGUUUCACACACCUUGCCCAAGCCAUGUCAGUGCCUGACCUUCUUCAACAAGUUAAAGAUAUAUGCCCUGAAAAUACACCGAUACCUUCAGAACAAUGGCUGCGUCUACAGUUUGCACCCAAGAACCCAUCAGCUCUUGCAUCAUUACAGUAUACUGGGAGUUUAAAGGUCAAAUUCCAAGUUCAAAGUCGGCAGCUUAGAAAGACGCAUGUUGACCUCCAUUAUGCAUCAGUUGCAUUUAGAUACCUCAAAGAGUUUGCAGUGAAGUUCAGAGACUUUUGUGUGCUUGUGGCUAUGGAUGAUAAACACCACUGCAAAGUUGGAGAACCAGGUCACCCAGUGGCAGCAGUAGAGCGGGGAAAGAGAGUGGUUGUUGCUGCAGAUAAAGUGUUUGCAGUCUCCGAUCAUGACUUUACCAAAUUCAGUAUUGUACCAAGUGUAACAAUGUUGAUUGACAUACCAGAAUCUGUGAGUGAAGGGUCCUUUUAUAGAGGCCAAGUGUAUGUUGGUGUGAAGGAUUUAGCUUUAGAACCUUCCAGUCCAUUGCGUCACAUUGCGGAGCUUAAAGAUAUUUUGAGGAAGGAAGGACUUACAAAGCCUAUUUUGUGUAUCUAUACAGAUGGUGGACCUGAUCACAGACUGACAUUUCUCUCAGUCCAGCUAUCCAUUAUAUGCCUUUUUCUCAGUGGAAAUUACGACAUGAUCGUAGCAGCAAGGACACCACCAUUGGCAUCUUGGAAAAAUCCACCAGAACGUGUGAUGUCUAUUCUGAAUUUGGCUCUACAGGCAGUUGGAUUGAUGAGGAAAGAAACUUCAGCAGAAACUGAGCAGAAACUCAAAUCAGCCAGUGGACUUCAGCAGCUUAGGGAUAUUGCUAAAGAUCCCAAAUUCCAUGAGGAGAUGAUUGACUCAAUUGAACCAGUGAAAGUUCUUCUGUCUCAGCUGUUUGGACGUCUGAAAUUGAAAGAUAAGCAAUUCAAGUUGUUCAACUCUGCUUCUGAAACAGAUCUUGAUGGACUUUGGGGAGAGUUGUCCAAGUUUGGAAACCCACCUGUUGGAAAACGACAGAAUGACUUAAAGAAAAGUUUGAAGGAUUGCCCAAAGCUUGUGGAGUUUAUUGAUCAUUGCUGUGUAUCCAGGACUUACUUCUUUACUGUGAAGAAGUGUGGUGCCAGUGACUGUCAGAUAUGUGCACCCCCAAGACUCCCUAUUGAUAUUUUCAGCCAGCUACAUAACUUUCCAGAUCCAGUUCCAGGAGAAGAAGGACACUUCAAAGAAUUCAGGGAGGUUUUUGGCACCGAUACCACAGAGGAGCACUGCCCGUCAUUGUCAGCAAAAAAAUCAAACGCAGUUUCUACCGGCCAUGGAAUUCCUUUCAGUCCAUCUGCACAGACCGCCAAAACAGUGAAUCAGACAGUAACCUGUAUAGAUUGUCAAAAGCCUAGAGUCAUAUACAGUGCAAACAAACUGAGUGCACAAGAAAGUGCAAUUCUGAAAAGGAUUCUUGGGCUCUAUCAGUUUUCGUGUGGUUCUGAACUUCAGGAACUAAAACCAGAGGAUCCCGUCAGAGCACCUCGUAUCAGUGCUCUGUUGGAGAAAGUAUUUGUUAAAUCGAAUUUAUCAUGCACUUCUCCUGUUGAGGUACCCUAUUACAGUUCUGGUGUAUUUCCUCCAAUUUGCUACCACUGUGGGGCACAAGACACAGAUACUGAAGAGGGACAAUAUCCUAUGUGUCCAGAUUGUGUGGUUUCUAAGUUACAGCCUCCAUUGAAAAGGAAAAAUGUUCAGAGCUUGAGGCAAAAAAGCAGAAAAAAUGAAGGGAAAAAACACUAUGCAACUUAACUGUAGUACAUAUGCUUUAUUAUUUUGACCACACAAGACAAUUUGUUAAGAUAGCAUGUGUUAAAUUUGUUUCAUAUGUAUAGUGACGGUACAAUAAAGAAUUUGCUUGAUGUUAUAUGUUUUAUGUCAAGUUGGCAAAUAAAAAAAAGCCUCCCUCAUCUGUUUUGGUACGAAUAAAAAGAAAAAAAAAAAGCCUCCCUCCCUCAUCUGUUUUUGAGAAAAUUGGCCUGAGAACCAGAGAAUUAAUUUUAUGUGGCCUUAAUAGGAAAUAUAUUAAGUAGGUGCCUGUGGGUACCACCCCUCUUUGCGGAUUUGUCAUUUUCUGACCCUAGCCCCCCCCCCCCCC